AUGGGGACUCAUCUCUACCUAGGUUUGCUUGUCCUGGCUGUUUUUGCAACAACUGUUACCAAUGCAGACAUCAAUGUGGCCUGUGCAAACAACUCUGUGAGGGUAACAUGGAGGGUGAAUGCGGAGCUGGUGCCGUAUGCAGCUCGGCUCUUCCUUGGAAACUGCAUGGCAUCUCAGUGGAAGGUUCUGCCCUCUGGAGAGGGGGAAGCACAGUUCAACUAUACGUUUUCCGAGUGCAAGUUUACUAAAAUGGUAAAGGGAAAACGCAUAUUCUAUCAGAAUGAAAUGAGCUACAGGCCACAGGCAAAGCCAAACCCUCCAGAUUUUGUGCAUCCUAUUGAAUGUGUUUACAGAAGACCCAAGGAUUGGAUUCCCCGAUUUGUGAACCCUGGAUAUGGGGUUUCCGAGGGUCACAGCAGGCUGGUCUUCCACAUGGCGCUUCUCAAUGAGGAGCUAUCAAGCAUAGCAAAGACAAACAUCAUUCCUCUGGGCUCCCCCAUGCCAAUAUGGGCAGCAGUGGAGCAGAAGUCUCAUCAGCCAUUGCUGUUGCUCAUGGAGGAAUGUGUCGCAGCCCCCACAGCUGAGCUGCGGCCCGGCAGCCAGGUUUACCCAAUCAUUGGCAACAAGGGUUGUCUUUUAGAAAGCAAAAAAGGAAACUCGAUGUUUCUGCCUCGGUACCACUCGUCUUCCAUCAUCCUCUACCUCCAGUCCUUCAACUUUGGUUUUGGAGAGGUGUACAUCCACUGUAAACUGGCUGUGUGGGAUCCUCAGAAUUUUGCAGAAAGCAAGAAGGCCUGUCAUUAUAUAAAGGGAACUAACAGAUGGGAGCUGCUUGAUGACCCAUCCCGAAGCUCCCUCUGUAACUGCUGUGACUUGAGCUGCAAGUCUCGGUCCAGGAGGGGUGUUGAAUGGGCAUCAGACGGCCCGAGUCACAAUUCUGUGUUGGGACCCCUAAUCAUUGUGGACCAAUCUGACUUGCGGGACAGCGACACAAUGAUGGAGUCUGCCACUACAGCUGACCCUCAGCUCAAAUAA